ACGAUUAUUCUCAAUUAAAGGAAUCUUCAUGUGCCUUAAGGUGCAACAAACAGACAUUUUAAUAUUUUAUUAAUGUAAAUGUUUAUUUGAUUCUGUAUUGUUAUAUAGUUCGUGUUGUUUGAAAGUAUUGAAACGUGUUGCAAACAUUAUUUUUACUCCCAUCACGUCUACCUGUGUUAGAUAAUAAAGCUGUUAGGGUAAAAGUAUUACGUAUUUGAUAGAAGUCUCACAAGGGAACAUACCGAGGUGUCCAACGAGUUAAGGUAGUUAUAAAUAUGUAAUAUGUACGUAUGUGAUGUCAUCAUUAGGUUGUUUAGUUAGCAAAUUAUUGUGCUUGUCGUAAUUGAUAUCAAGGCGGCAAUAAAAAUCACAAAGAUGAUGCCUACUGAUUAAUUAAUUUUGCUGUGUAAAUUCUUAUAAUCUAAUCACCAAAUUUCAUUUUACUUCAAAGCGUCUCUCUUGUGAAUAAAUACUUUGUAUUGCUGAUUACAUAUAUGCUUUCACGGCUUAUUAGUCAGUAGUGUCGGGCUCACUUUGCGUGCCAUCAACAUGUUUCUGGAAACACUUGUCAUCCUAUUUAUUUCAAGUUUACUAGCAACAUUUUUUGGACUCGUAAUUUAUGCGAGAUGGAAUUAUGGAACUCUAGAGGCGCUCAAUAUCCCCUUCGUGAAACCGUCUUUUUUCCUCGGCAGUGCACCUGAUCUGCAUGAAAAAAUUCAACACCUUGAAGAUAUAGCACGUUAUAAAAAAUAUGGCUCGGUUUAUGGGGUUUACGAGGGAAGAUCUCCUACUAUUUAUGUGUGCGAUCCCGAACUUAUUCGUCUGAUUUUUGUAAAAGAUUUUGACCAUUUUCAAGAUCGUAGACAAAUUGAUUUGGGUGAUCCACUUGUUAACGACUUCUUGGAUUUUUUGCCAGUUGAUAAAUGGAGAGAAAUUCGAGGUUCCAUGAGUCCUAUAUUUACUACUGGGAAACUGAAAAUGAUGAGUACAUCGUUUAAAACUGUAAAUGAGGAGUUUUUCAAACAAUUGACACAAAUCGUGGAUUCCAAGGGUAGAGAUGGCGCUUAUUCGAUGGAUAUGCGACAACUUUUUGAUGGACUCGUGAUGGAUAUGAUUUGUCGAUCAGCCUUCGGAAUAAAGAUUGGCGAUCCUCUCGACCCCGACAACCUUUUCGUACGUUUGUUUAAAGAUUUACAAGGAACAGACGCUGACUUCGGAUUAAUGUACACGCUGUCAAUGGUUUUUCCUUGGCUGACACGAUUCGCACCUACGCUUGGAAGUGAUUCUGCAACAAGGAUUGUAGCCAUUAUCCGUGGUGUUAUGGAAGCUCGAAAAGAAAGUGGCAAUAAACAUAACGACUUCAUCGACGUCUUAAAUGAAAUGUAUGACAAACUCUCGUCGCCCGAGUAUAAGAAAUUGAAAAUUGCAGAAACUGCGGUAAUGGCUCAAGCGAUCAAUUUCGUGCUUGCAGGAUACGAUGCAAUGUGCACGACCAUGACUUUUUUGUUAUACAAUAUUUCAAAGCAUCCGGAAAUCCAGGAAAAACUUAUUCAAGAAAUUGACAAUUUUAUGGAAAAUCAUGAUGGUGAAAUCAUCUUUGAGAAGCUAAGUGAGUGUCCUUAUCUGUUGGCAUGUCUGACCGAAACUUUGCGUCUCUACCCACCAUUCAUUAGACCAGAAAGAAUGUGCACUAAAGAUUGGAAAAAUAAUGGUCUAAAAAUUACCAAAGGCACGUUAGUAAUGACCCCCGCCUGGUCUGUUAACAGAAAUCCCCAAGUGUACUCAGACCCUGAUAAUUUCCAACCAGAUCGCUUCAUGCCAGAAAAUAAGUUAAAGUUGAAUUCAUAUGCUUUCCUAACAUUUGGACUUGGACCAAGAAAUUGUGUAGGCAUGCGCUAUGCAUACGAAGCUAUGAAAUUUUGCAUGGUCCAUUUUCUUAAACAUUUUCGGGUUGAACUUUCUCCCGAGACAGAAAUUAAAUAUAAACCGGGCAUUUUAUUUUUAAUCAUGUAUGAUCCUGUGAACCUGACACUUGUUAAGCGACGUUGAUCAAAUGUUGUUCCGAUAAUUAAUCCGAUUAUGCAACAGUUUAUUAAAACUUGCAACUGGUGUUAAAGAUUGAAAUAGAAUUCAAGUAUAAAGUACGUAGCUCAUAGAAUGUCUGGUAAUUCAACAUGCAGCAUGUUUUAGAGUUUGGAAUUGAUUAGAAUAAAGUGUUAGCUCAUAGAAAUAAUAAUGAUGUAAAAUAAUUUUGAAACGAAUAAAAUUGUUGUUAAUGGA